GUGAAAUGUGAAUUCAAAAUUUAUCAAAAAUCAAAAUUCCUGCUUUUUGGGAUCAUUAAUUGUGCUCGUUUGAUUGUUUCGAUUUUGGAUCUCCCUUGGAGUAUUCACGCUAAUCUAGGAAGGCUUAGACGAUCUUUUGGCGAGGGUUGACGAUUUGUUCCCUGGGUGGCUAGAUCGAAGAUGGUGCUGACGAAGGAUGUCUAUCUGCCCUCGUACGAGGACCUGACGGUGGAGGAGAUCAACAUGUCCAGUCCGGCGCUGAAGGCGGGGGCCCAGCACUUUGGCAAAUACUGCGACGAGCCCUGCAAGGAGUUUAUGCUGUGUCGCGUGGAGGAGAAGGACGCGCGACGGUGUCUGCGCGAGGGGAAGGCGGUGACGGCGUGCGGGCUGGAGUUCUUCCGCAAGAUGAAGAAGUUCUGCUACGAGCCCUUCGAGAAGCACUGGCACUGUCUGGAGGACAGCAGUCCCGACAUGGAGGCCAAGUACUGCCGCAAGAGCCAGUACGUGCUGGACGACUGCGUGCGCAAGUUCAUCGGCGUGGAGCGGCCCAACCUGGGCUACUUCUCCUCGGUGCGCAUCCACGACUCCACGACGCGGCCGCGCCCGCAGAAGCUGCCGCUGCGCGACUACAAGAAGCUGGACGAGCUGCCCGCCGACUACCCGCGCAUCGACCCCCAGGGCGGCUCCCGCUGGCUGGGCCAGCCCCAGUGACCGGCCGCCUCCCGCCGGUCAGCAGGGAUCAGCAGCCUGCGUCCGGGUGUGCGUGUCGUGUGACUCGUGUGCCUCUUCACGUCCCUUUGCAUACGUAUUCUUACGAUUGUACAUGCGUGUUUUCUUGGUAAUCGGUUUAGUUAAUACAGUGUCAUGUAUUAUUUUGACUACGACUACGAGUACUGGCUUUCGUACUGUCUAUGUAGUAACAGCCGUACAGGCAUAAUUUACGUUAGGAUAAUUAUCACUUUUAAGCGGAACAAAACUUACAUUUCUAUUA